UUGUUCUUUCUUCUUCUCCAGGCAUUAAGUGUUACUGAGACCCUGAUUAAACCCUUGGAAAAAUUCAGAAAGGAACAACUCGGAGCUGUAAAGGAAGAAAAGAAGAAGUUUGACAAAGAGACAGAAAAGAAUUACAGUCUAAUUGAUAAACACUUGACUCUCUCUGCCAAGAAGAAAGACUCACAUUUGCAAGAGGCAGAUCUCCAAGUGGAGCAGACGCGCCAGCACUUCUACGAACUCUCUCUUGAGUAUGUGUGCAAGCUGCAGGAAAUCCAGGAAAGAAAGAAGUUUGAGUUUGUGGAACUGAUGCUGUCCUUUUUUCAGGGAAUGUUUACUUUCUACCAUCAGGGGCAUGAACUUUCCAAAGACUUCAAUCACUACAAAAUGGAACUACAGAUCAACAUCCAGAAUACACGGAAUCGAUUUGAGGGAACCAGGUCAGAAGUGGAAGAACUUAUGAAUAAAAUCAGACAAAACCCCAAGGACCACAAGCGAGCAAGCCAGUUCACAGCAGAAGGCUACCUGUAUGUCCAGGAGAAAAGGCCGGCUCCAUUUGCGUCCAGCUGGGUCAAACACUAUUGCAUGUAUCGGAAAACAGCCAAGAAAUUCAACAUGAUCCCAUUUGAGCACAGGUCUGGGGGGAAACUGCUAGCUGCUCAUCCCAAAGAGAUGAAUAACAGAGCCAAGCCUGGUAGUAAGACCUUGGGAACGGGCUGUGCAAGGAAGGCGACCUGCCUGGCCAGUGAACAGUCGCAGGAGGCGGCUCAUAGCGAGCGUCGGUCCCUGAGCGUGAAGCUCUUCCCACUAGCAGUGAGCAUAACUGGCCACACAGUCUAA